AUGUCAAGAUGGACGGGACAGCCCUCUAUCAUGGGCUCAUCGGAUGCAGUGCGCAUGAUCUUGUUGAACUUUUGUACUCUGGGCAUCACCUUCACCUGGGGUGUGGAAAUGACCUAUUGUACGCCGUACCUACUCAGCCUGGGUCUCACCAAGAGCAAAACCUCGUUGGUCUGGAUUGCCGGUCCUCUAUCAGGUUUGGUCGUACAACCAAUUGUCGGUGCGAUCGCAGACGAAUCCAAGUCGAAAUGGGGUCGUCGGAGGCCCUUUAUAGUCGUUGGAGCAGUUGUGGUCGCCCUAUGUCUUUUGGCGCUUGGCUUCACCAAAGAAAUAGUGGGCAUAUUCAUCUCCGAUGAGGAGGCGGCCAAGACUCCUACGAUCGUGGUCGCUAUCCUUUGCAUAUAUGCGGUAGACUUUUCGAUCAAUGCUGUCAUGUCUGCCGCUAGGAGUUUAAUGGUCGACGUUCUACCUAUAUCUAAACAACAAGAUGGGGCCGCUUGGAAUAGCCGAAUGUCGGCCAUUGGCCACUUGAUUGGAUAUGCAGCAGGUGCUAUCGACCUCGGAGCCAUCUUUGGCGAUUUUCUGGGCGAUACUCAAUUCAAGAAACUUACCGUUGUUGCCGCCUUCGGCAUACUAACAUCCUCUCUAAUCACAUCGCUCACGGUGACGGAACGAAUACUGGUCGAGAUACGGAAGGAUCCUCAUCAAUCCGGUGGGCAACUCAAGGUUCUCCGCCAGAUUUGGUCAACCAUACUUCAUUUACCACCCCGAAUCCGCGCAAUCUGCCAUGCCCAGUUCUGGGCAUGGAUUGGGUGGUUCCCCUUUCUAUUCUACAGCACGACCUGGGUAGGCGAGACCUACUUCCGGUACGACGUUCCUGAUGAUGCCAGGACUUCUGAAGACACGCUUGGCGAAAUGGGCCGUAUCGGCAGUAGCUCCUUAGUCUUAUACUCUGCCAUUACUUUCACGGGUGCCUGGCUUCUACCCCUUCUGAUCAAGAGCCCCGACGACGAGGGCUUUACGCAGCGGCCGCCGCAAAGUGUUGCGCACAUCUUGGAGAAGUUCCAGAAACACAAGCCUGAUCUGCUGACCGCUUGGAUGAUUGGGCAUGGCAUGUUCGCUGCUGCUAUGUUCUUGGCACCUUUUGCAACGAGUUUUAGAUUUGCCACGGUGCUCGUCUGCAUAUGUGGACUCCCUUGGACGAUGGCCAUGUGGGCACCAGUCGCAUUCAUGGGCGUCGAAGUAAACCGUCUUAGUGGCGGCGGCGAGAACACUGCAUCAUACCGCCCUCUGGAUUCCGUCGAGUUGUCCGAGAUGAAUGGACAUUCCGACGCCCUGCGUUUGGAGCAUGGCUCCAAUGAUGCGGAAAGUGGCACGAAAGGUGGAUCUACCGGCGAGCUAUCGGGUAUUUACUUCGGCAUUCUCAACAUCUAUACGACUAUACCCCAGUUCAUUGGCACGUUCAUUAGUACCAUCGUGUUUGCCAUCUUCGCACCGGGAACGCAUCCUGAGCUUCACGGGGGAAGUGGUGGUGAUGAUGCCGCAGCCAAAGGCCCAGCAAAGGAGGAUGGUCCGAAUGCCAUCUCAAUCUGUUUGUUCAUUGGGGCUAUAAGCGCGACCGUUGCCAUUUUCGCGACGAACAAGUUGAGAUACUUGUAA